GCAUCCCAAAAUUAAGGUAAGGUGAUCUACUCUUAAUUGUAACGACAUAAUUUUGCAUCAAUAUAUAUUUUCAUUAAGUUCAACUUUAUUUUUUCGGAGGGUUGAAGGUAUACUUAUUAGUUAUAAUAAGGUAGCGUUUUUUUAUUUGCUCUUGAUUGUUUUGUUUUUCACGUAAUAGGGAGGCUCAUCUAUAAUAGCAAUGGUCUUUUAUCCAACAACGGUAAUCUUAUUCGUGGUUUCUCUGCUGUUGGUCCUUUAUUUUGUGGUGGGUAUAAUUGUACGCUACCGCUGUGGUCUGCGUCACUUUCCUGAAGUCCUUCCAAAUUAUAUUUUUUGGUGUCGAUUGUUUAGUAAUCUUCUUCGGAUCAUAACCUGCGGUCGCUGCCGUGUGCGGAUCCCUGUUCGAAACAAUGCGUUAAGUGGUUUAACUAUGCUUCCAAGUCGCCCAAGCCUCGCUGUUGACGUGACCUUCGAGGGGCUCUCUAGCGAUGAUAACGAGAAUUGGCAUGAUGUCAACCGCGCGAUGGAGCCGGCGGAAGUUGUGGUUCGAAACAAAAAAUAAUCACAGAGGUAAUAAAUGAGGGUAAAUAUUUCAAAAAAAACUAAAUGUGAUAUGUUAUCAUCCACUUCUUGAGAUAAAAAGAAAUUUUUACCCAGCAUUAAACAUUCAGAAUUCUUCACUUUUUUUUUAUCUUGAUGAACAUUUCGACUUGAAACCAUAAUUUUCUUUGAGAUUUAGAGAUCUGUCUCAUAUGAAUACGAACGAAA